AGGUUGUUGUUUUAUUACUUAUGGAGUUCCGGACGUCCACGUCGUCGUCAUCGCCAUUAUCGUCAUCCAAGAGGAAGCAAUGGCAUGCGGCUGAUCGUCAUGAGAAUUCUUUAGAUGAGCUCGAUGGAGGUCAUCAGUCGGAAGGGACGCAGACUGCCUCUACUGCAUCUGAUCUUGGAAGGUCGAUUUCGAGCGGCGACGGUACGGGAGAUUUCGGUGUGAAAAGUCAUAGAUUUUGGAGAGCUCUUAAGAGGGUAUUUGCUAAAGAGAAGAUUGAUGAUGCAUUGACUGACACGAGUAGUAGUCCUAAAGAAGAAGAAAAACGGAAAGAUGCGCAGGUGGGAAUUGAACCUGCGCCUUUCGAUGACGAACUUAGUGUGGGUGACGAGGUUCCGUUGGACGAUCGUGUCUAUGAUCCUGAGGAUGUCAUAUCGUGCUUGUCGGCUUUCUCGGAUCCUUCACCAGCCAGAUGAGAAGCUCUUUGACGACUGAACUUGUCUAUUUCCUCGUGCUCAGUUUUUGUUGUUGCCGCCGUCGUCGCCUCGUUCCUCUUGUUGUAUUAAAUGAUGAUGACUAGCAAUGCUUCUUAUAUUGAGAUUGGUUUAUAUACUCGUGAUGUGGUGGAAAUGUGGUAUGUUAAUAUUUUUUCCUACCAAGUAGACCUUUCUCAGAUGUGUGAGCCAAAGUGUUCGUCUUCGACAAUAAUCUACUGUACUGUUAUUCGUUCCUACCUCAAUUGCAUCUGUCCUCAA